ACGCUCAGACCUAUUUGGUUCAAAAAGACUAUGUAGUCUCUAUUCUGACAUUAUUAUAGAGAUUGGAUCUUCGAUUCAAUCCCAAUUAGAAUGUUUUGCUUUGUAUCUGGGCUGCUUGGGCUAUUUGGAAUUGGAUUUACCUACUGCUCUCCAUUUGGGCUCCGCCAAGAUGGGCCAUCACGCUUCUCAUUUCUGUAGAAUACUUCACAGUCUUCCUUCCCACUCAACCCAAACCUCCGCCGCCGUCCGCCGCCUCCACCCUCUCCCCCACCCCCAACUUCCCCCCCGAUGACGAAUAAACUCACUUCUUAGUUUUGGGAGGUAAGUAAAGGUCGUGUCGUCAAUCCGCAAUGCGGCGAGGUACUACCAAAAGCUUCAAUUUUUAACAAAGAUUUUAGGAUCCCACGUGAUAUUUGGUCAUUUAUGUUUCCGUUGAACUGGUCGGAAAAACAAACGGGAAAUGAUAUGGAGAUGGAGGCUCAAAUCCCCUGCAAAGAUUACCUUUUGCCCCCCCAAGUCACAGUACUUUGCUGCACUUCGCCAUCUUGCUUCGCCAAUUAAAGGCCCCACGAACAGCAACCCUCAAGAAUCAUUGCCGUCCGAAUCAUUUAGGAACCGAAAGCGGCUAGGACAGACUCCCAAAAACACCUUUCUCAGUCCUCAAAUCGUGCUAGCCACUCUACAAAACUGCUCUUCUGAUAUAAUUGCUCUGAGCCUUUUCUUCUGGUGCGCACGCCAACCACAUUACUUCCAUGAUAAACCCACUUUUCAUCACAUGGUAAGCGUGGUUUCUAAUUUAACCCACAGGUAUGGAAAUGUCAAACGGAUUCUUGACGAAUUGGAGACUGUCGGCUGUGUCAGAAAGCCGCAAACUUUGUUGCUUUUAAUGAGAAUUUACUGGUGUGGAGCUAUGUAUGAUAUGGUAUUGGAGGCUUUUGAAGAGAUGAGGAAUUAUGGUUACAUUCCAAAUACAUACGCGCGCAACAUUAUUAUGGAUGUAUUGUUCAAGAUUAGGCAUGUUGAUGCGGCCCUCAGGGUUUUGGAGGAGACCCAGGCCCCAAAUUUCUUGAGUUUUAAUAUUGCCAUUUGUAAUUUGUGCAGACUCAAUGAUGUCAAUAGUGUUAAAGGUGUGCUUAAGAGUAUGUUGAUGAAGGGUUAUUAUAUGAACCCUGAGACGUAUGCAUGGGUGAUGAAUUGUUUCUGCAAGUUUGCUAGGCUGGAGGAGGCGUUACAGCUACUAGGCAUGAUGAUGGUUUUGGGUGUACCGGUGUCUGUGAAUGUUUGGAGCAUAUUGAUAGAUGGCUUCUCUAAGUCUGGCCAGAUUGAGGUUGCAGCUUAUUUACUAGAGAAAAUGGUCGAGAUUGGUUGUUCUCCAAACGUUGUUACGUGCACUUCAUUGAUCAAAGGAUUCCUGGAAUCUCGGAUGCCUGGCAAGGCAUUUGAAAUCCUUGGCACUCUAGAAGCACAAGGAUGUUUUCCUGAUUUGGUUCUUUGUAAUGUAUUGAUUGAUUGUCUCUCUAAGAUGGGGUGGUACCACAGUGCCUUUGAAGUUUUCUCUAGCUUGAGAGAACUAAGACUGAUGCCUGACGUUUAUACUUUUUCCUCACUUGUUUCUACUAUUUGUUUGUCUAGACAAUAUGUUCUUCUACCUCUUUUAACCAGCGGACUUGCCAUACAACCAGACUUGGUAGUUUGCAACUGCCUUCUAAGUUAUUUCCACAAAGCUGGUUGUCCAGAUGGUGCUGUUAAGUUUUAUAAUGACAUGAUAGAUAGAGGGUUUCUACCAGAUAAAUAUAGUUUUGCUGGAGUGCUGAGUGCACUGUGCAGAUUAGGUAGGAUAAAUGAGGCAUUUAAUGUUUACCAAGGAAUUAUUCGCAGCUAUCCAGGCGCUGAUGCUCACAUCCAUACUAUAAUGAUUAAUGAGCUCAUAAAGUCAGGCAGCUUUAGCAACGCUACAAGAUUAUUCAGGAAGGCUGCUGCAGAAAAGCUCCCACUUGACCUCGUGUCAUACAAUGUCGCCAUUCAUGGACUUAUCAGGGGUGGUCAGAUGGAAGAGGCUUUUGCUUUGUUUAACCAAAUGAAGGAGAUGGAUGUACUUCCAAACAAGCACUCAUAUAACAUGAUACUGUCUGGUUUUUGUAGGAAUAGGAAUGUCAACAUGGUUAAACAUCUCCUGCAAGAAAUGGUUGAUGGUAACAUUGAAAUGGACUGUCACACGUAUAAAAUAGUGAAAAACUUCCCAUGUGAUUCCGCUUACAAUUUGCUUCUUGAGUUGAGAAAUUUGGGGUUGUUGCCUAAAUUGGCACAGGAUUCACUGGCCUAUGAACAUGAUACUGGUGCCUAUACCAGUUUCAGUUCAUUGAAUAAUACCGAGGAUGUUCUGGACUUUGGCACAUCCAGCUCAGAUGACCUCUCAGAUGCUGUUGUUUCAGUGGGUUGAUAAAAUGAGUGAAGGAACUUGUUUUUCAUCUGGAGAAAAUGUCCAGCUCACGGAGCAACAAAGUCUUAUCUGCCCUAAUGGUUAGAAGAUUAAACUCAACUCUGCUAAAGGUAAAUGUACCCCUAAAUCAGAGAGAUUUGGUACUCUAAGAUGAAUCCAAUUGUUGCCUAUGCCUUUUAGCUUUAUGUCUGUGGAAUGGUAUGCCCAUUCUUUUACAGAUGAAAAUUUAUUCUACCUAGCAGCACCACCACCAGCAUUUUCAUUGGAUCAGAGAAGCGAGCUGGACGCUGAAAGCUCAUGGUCGUCAAGACUUGUUACUACAGCUGCGGGCAUCUGCUAACAUACGAUCAUUGUUAGAGGUACGAUCAUUGUUAGAGGUCUAGUCAAUGUGCCAUCUUGAUGAAACAGCACGCAACUGCACCCUUGACCUCCCACCAGUACUGUUUCCACAUUGC